GAUAUUUAUAUAACGUACAACGGGUAAGGCCUCUGCCCUCAGUUAGCUUCUUUGGUUGGUUAUGAGAGUCAUUUGAAGAUUUUAUUUCGUAUGUGUUGUUUUAACAUUUAAAUCAUAAAUAUGGACAGUUUUAUUCCUUCUAGCUACUGUAACGAUGUAAGCACAGCAGUUAAUAAUACUGUAACAACAUAUAUGGACAAACUUGCAUCGAUUUGGGGAGAAUGUGGUUACGAUGAUAUAAGUAUAGGACAGAGAUGUGAGGCGGUGAAGCAGCAUGUGCAGAAAUUGUUUGAGGAAAUGUUAGAAGAGGAGCAAGAGAAUAAGGACUUGUUUGUGACAAAGAUUGAACAGCAUCUUGAAGAGAUAUCGGAAUUGAGAAAGGAUCUUAAUAUGGAGAUUUCUGUACCUGAGUUUGAAAAUCUGCCUCUGUGCAAUAUUGAAAGGACACUGCGACACCAGUUAGGUGAAUGUCGCAAAAUCAAAGAGUCGCUUGCAUGCAGAUUAGCAGAUCUGCAGAGGAAGGAAAAAAUGCUUUGCGAUGAUCUGGGAAUAGAGCCACAGACCGGCUUUACUGAUCAGUUUCCCACCGAGCAACGACUCGAUGAUUUUGAAAACUACAUUAAGGAAAGAGAUAUUGAAAAGCAACGGUUGAUGCAUUUGUAUCAAGAAUCCAAGUCAGCUAUAAUUGCCAUUAUGACCGAACUGGCAAUUGCUCCAACCCAGGAAUUCGAGAGACUCGUAUGUGGAAAGGAUGCGGCCUUCAGACCGACCAGGGAGAAUAUGGCUGCACUGAACCAAUUACACCAGAGAUUAGAACAACAACUGGAAGAUGGUAAAGCUCAAGUCGCUGAGUUGCGUGAGAAACUCACGCAACUUUGGGAUCGUCUCCGUGAAGAUUACGGUCACAGAGAGAACUUCCUCUCUACUUAUCGUGGCCACUCUUCAGCUACUUUGGAAGCUUUGAAGGAUGAAGUAAAGAGAUGCGAAGUACUGAAACGCCAAAACAUCAAACGCUUUGUCGAGGAGAUUCGAGAAGAACUCAAACACUUGUGGGACAAGUGUUUGAUUAGCGAAGAUGAGCGCGUGCAGUUUCGACCAUAUUAUUCCGAGUGUUUCACCGCAGAUCUCUUAGAACUACAUGAACUUGAAGUCCAGAAGUUAAAGUCUCACUAUGAUCAAAAUGAUGAGAUUUUUCAAUUGGCUUACCAGCGCCAGGAACUUUGGGACAAGAUGUUGGAGUUGGAAAAUCGAGCGAAUGACCCAGACCGGCUAUUCCAUAAUCGUGGAGGCCAGCUGCUGAUUGAAGAAAAAGAAAGGAAGUUAAUUCAAAAGGAUUUGCCGAAGGUCGAAAAGGAGCUGAUGAAGUAUGUCAGCCUUUAUGAGAAACGCCACAAGAAACCUUUCAAGAUACAUGGUCAACCAGUCUCAGACGUAAUUAAUAGUCAGUGGACGUUGCACAAAGAGCAUAAAGAAGAAGAAAAGAAAGCAAAGAAAUUUGCGAGAGAUCGUCUACUCGAUGUUGAAUCUAAAAUGGGAUCUCAGUUAAGAGCUCCUAAACGUAAGAACACACCAGGAACUCCUCUUCUCGGUUCGCAUAAAUUACGGAAGGUGGCCGGAAUUGAAAGGGCCGCUACCUUAGGGAACAUUACUCGUCCUAUUCAGCAAACCGUGGUUCCUAGGAUUAAUUUUCCUGGAGUAGGAACAAAUAAUGAUACAGAAGCUUCGAAUAUGACGACGUAUACAGACUUCCAGGAACAUCUGGAAGUGUUAAACCAACAAGGGACAUGCAGAAGCUCUGUGGUCACAGGUCACUGCCUCCGUGAGCGUAACACCCCUGCUAGAACCCUGUCUAAAAUACCUUCAAAGAUUCUACCGCCACGUAGCACGAAGAAGACGUCACAGGCACGAGUAACGCCUGUGAAACCUCCGCGGAAAAAUGUUGGAGCUCAGGGGUCUUCAUCGAAACUGCCGCAAAAGACUGUGCAAACUUCAUGGGGCACGCCAAAAACCCCAAUGAAUCAAAAAGGCACAGCAGUAACGUGCCAUUUAACGACUCCCAGACGACAGCUCCCGAUAAUUAUGUGAUUUGUGGUGCGAAUGUCUUGUACAAAUAAUUCCCUGUUAAUAUAUUGUAUAUUUGUUUCUUCCUCUUUAGGGUAACUUGCUAAGACUACGGAAAUACUGUCUGUGAAAUUGAGUAGAUGUCGUUUGAAAUUAGUGGUGGUAUGAUGUUUGUCGGUAUAGGAAUAUUUUAUGUGAAGUGCAGUAAUGCAUAUAUUUAAUUUAAAGUAUUGUAAAUUUUGACCUCAGCGGUUUGUAACUUUGUUCACACACUGAAAAUACUGCGUGUUCUUCCUGACCAUUUUUUUAACAUUUUGAGCAAGAUUCCUGGGCAGGAAUAUUUUUAAAACUUCAUAAUCCGUAGUCCUUACUAACAUUAAUUGUGUUGGCUUUUUUUUUUAUGUGGAGAUUCCAGAGA